CUCCACAGCGCCCCAACACUAGUGGCGACUUUGCAUCCCGCAUCUCAAACAGCCAAGCCCAGGGCGAGGAAUGCUGCUACGCGCUCGUUGGCCGCGACGGAACCAAGGAAAUUAAAGAAAAGAACAAGAAAAAAAGGAGAGCGAGGCAAGAAAAAAAAUGAAAUGAUGAACACGUAGCGAUCUUCAUGCAAAUGGUACGUUCGCGCGGCUGCUGCUUACAUUGCCAAAGGUGACGGUGCUGGCCGAUGGACAAACAGCCUCCUCUAAAGCACAUAGGGGAACUAUACAACGACGGUACGGUACAGUACGCUACAUCGACUGCACGGGACGAGAGCCUACCGCACGGCUUAAGUGCCAGUGUUCAUUGACGGCGGCGGCAGCCAGCCUCCCGCAAGCCUAACGCCCACACCACACCGAAACCAGCCUGUACUAGGAUCGGCCGCCAUUUCCCCCUUUGGGUGCGCCCACGUUCUCCAAUCUCCCAGAAUCCCGAUCCUGCAAACGCCCAUUGUCCCAGAGUCUAAAUCCUGUGCACCUGGGCACGCCCCCCACACGUCUUGCUGCAGGGUCUCGACAAGGCAUCCAUCGCCAACGCGCUGCCCGCACCAUGUGAUGCGACCAGCUCACCGUUCUCGGCUUAUGCUCUCGUGCGUCGUGCAUUUGCGCGCCGAGGAAACAAAACUUUUCUUCUUUCUGUAUGGGGCCCGAACGGUAGUAGAGGCUGGGCGUAACAUCACAAGCUGGCCCCGGCAAAGCCUUGCUCCCAACCGCCUGACGAUGUCACGAGGCCGACGGACUGCUUUCAAUGCUGCUACGCUACUACGCUGUGAUGCUGUCCUUUUUGGAGUUGCGGUCGCACGUCGGCCAAUAGCCCACCUAAUAUCCCUUACAAUUUCAGCGACCAGACUCUCCGACACCAGCCCCAAGGGCACUCCUGAAGGCCAAGAUAAUGUAGCAUUCGUGCACCCGACCCGUUGCUUCCAGCGUAGCUUGACCAUUUUCCGCUGUCAGGUCAGGCCACUUUGAGUAGGCCCGAAGCUUUAUAUGCGAAAUGUGGGGGAAUAUCGCACGCGACGGGCAAGGGAUGCCAUCUCAGACAUGCCAGUCGUCGACCGUGUAUAAAGAGACCGCGAUGCCCUCCCGAUGUUUCUGAGACAGGAAUUUCUUCAACCCUGUCAAGCAACAAGCUAUCUUUGUCCAAAAAGUUUAAAAAAAUACGACAAUUGCAACGUCUGCUUGAGCUUAUUCAAUAUCCACCUUUCGACUUACAAUGCUCACCCCCAAGACCAUCCGACGUGCCGGCCUCGUCGCGCUGGGCCUUGCCAGCUCUGCUGUCGCCGCGCCUUGCGACAUCUAUGAGGAUGGCGGAACACCAUGUGUAGCUGCUCACAGCACUACGCGUGCCCUCUACGACGACUUUGACGGUGCCCUCUACCAGGUUAAACGCAGCUCCGACGGCGCCACCACAGACAUCCACCCCAGAUCUCGUGGUGGCACGGCCAAUGCCAGUGAGCAAGACUCCUUCUGCCAGCGCACGACCUGCCUCAUCUCCACCAUCUACGAUCAAUCCGGCCGCGGAAACCAUUUGACACAGGCUCCUCCCGGCGGUGCUGCCUCUGGCCCCGAGGACGGUGGCUACGACUACCUCUCGAGCGCUGUUGGUGCUCCCGUCACGCUCCGUGGCCAGAAGGCCUACGGUGUCUUUAUUUCCCCUUUUACCGGCUACCGAAACAACAAUGCCAAUGGCACAGCGCGUGGCGAUGAAGCCCAGGGCAUGUACGCUGUUGUCGACGGCACUCACUACAACAAGGCUUGCUGCUUCGACUAUGGCAACGCCGAGACCAACAGCCAAGACACAGGCAAUGGCCACAUGGAAGCCAUUUACUUUGGCGAAGGUGACGGCUCUGGUCGCGGCCAGGGAUCCGGCUCAGGCCCGUGGAUCAUGGCGGAUCUGGAGAACGGUCUUUUCACUGGCUUCGACCCCAUUAAGAACGAUGCCAACCCUACCAUUAACAACCGCUUCGUCACUGCCGUUGUCAAGGGUCAGCCUGGUCACUGGGCUAUCCGCGGUGGCAAUGCCAACGGCGGCGGUCUCUCUACCUACUACGAUGGCGGCCGUCCCAACAACGGCUACAACCCCAUGCAGAAGGAGGGUGCUAUUAUUCUGGGUAUUGGCGGUGACAACAGCAACGGCGCUCAGGGCACCUUUUACGAAGGCGUCAUGACCAGCGGCUACCCCGAUAGCGAUACUGAGAACCGCGUGCAGGACGACAUUGUCAACGCCAACUACGCCACAACCUCGCUUAACAGCGGCCCCAAGAUCAGCGUUGGCUCAUCUGUUUCCUUCCACGUCACCACCCCCGGAUACACUGACCGCUUCAUCUCCCACAACGGCGAUACUGUCAACACCCAGGUUGUCUCCUCCUCCAGCAGCUAUGGUGCCAGACGUCAGGCUACCUGGAUUGUCCAUAAGGGCCUUGCCAACUCUGACUGCUACUCUUUCGAGUCCAGUGACACGCCUGGAAGCUACAUCCGCCACUCUGCCUACCAGCUGCGCGUCAACAAGAACGACGGCAGCAAGAUCUUCUCCGAAGACGCUACCUUCUGCACCGAGUCUGGUCUCAACGGCCAGGGCGACUCGAUCCGAUCCUGGAGCUACCCUGCCCGCUACUGGCGCCACUACACCGCAACCUUGUACAUUUCCAGCAACGGCGGCCCUCACCAGUACGAUAACCGUGGUUACUUUAACGACGAUGUCAGCUUCAACGUCAACGCUGGCUUGGCUUAAGUUUUGCCGACAUGAUUUAUAUCUCUGGAUGUUUUCAUUUUCUUCUGUUUACCUUUGGUGUUUCGCCUUUUAGGGAAUUACAUGAUGCUCAUGAUGAUGAAUAUUUGUCUAUUUAAAAUGUACAUAGGACGACGGAAAUACAGUACAUAUAUGAUCUACAC